GUGUGAUAAGGUCGACAUUUCAGAAUGGUUAGUCUACGUCUACGGUACGGUGGCGGAAUUCAGAUCAAUCAUUUUGAGACGUUAACUGGAGAUUUACAUGGAUUUAUAACAUUCUUUCCUUGUUGAGAGUGUUUUUUUUAAGAACAAGAGGAGAAGCAUGUCAUGAAAAUGGGUUGUUGUACAAGGCAGUGCACAAUGAUAACAUUAUGCAUUUUACAGUUGAUUGCUACAACAGAGCGACUUGUCUUUGACUUCCUUGGUUUUAUGUGGGUUCCUAUGCUGGGAGGAUUCCUCAAUAUCAUCUUCGUCCUUUUUGGCCUAUUUGGCUCUUAUCAAUACAGACCAAAAUUUAUGAUUGUAUAUUCAUUAUGGCAAUUGCUGUGGCUUGGUUGGAAUAUCUUUGUCAUAUGUUUGUAUUUAGAAGCAGGAAUUCUUUCACUUGAGCAACAUCAGUAUAUUCUAACAUUUAACACUAGCAGCAGUGAAAGUUGGUGGAUUGAACAAGGUUUUAAUUGUUCAGUGACAUAUAACAUCACCACAUUGCCUAAUGGAAUGAGUACAUCAGAGAGGAUAGGUGUUACUGGUUGCCUCUUAGACUACAGAUAUGUAGAGGUUAUUCAUGCAGCUCUUCAAUGCUUUUUAUGUGUCCUGGGUAUCAUUUGGGCAAUGGUUAUGUUAAAAAAAUUCAACGAAGAAGAAGACAGCUUUGAUUUUAUCGGUGGUUUUGAUUCUUCAUACACUGCCUACAACUCACAUGCACAAAAGCCACCUGCAACAAUGCAAUUGGAACCAAUCUAUGUAGAUGCAAGGCAUAGGGGGCUUCGUUGACGUCAAGAAAAAGUGAGGCUUGAAGUGUGGUAUCUAGAGAGAAUGCACAGAUAAAGAUAUCACAUGAUGUCAACCUGCUUGCCAUAUCCAAGACCUUGUCAAAGACAUAAUUCAAAGAUGAAUCUUCCGGAUGCCAUGACAGACUUGUGGAAAUUCCUUUUCUGCAUUGAUGUGUAAUUCAUGGAUGUGAUGUUGAUGACAAUCAUAAAUGAUUGGUUUUGAUACAACGUUUUAAGUUUCCCAAGCCCCUGAAGUGUAAACAUGCCAUAGUGUAACACUGGAACACUCUUGAUUCAGCAGCCCUAGUUACGCCCUUCUUGUACAUCUGGUAUAAUGUCCAACCUAGUGUUUCAGGGAAUACAUGAAAUCAUUUCUGAUAUUAUGAACUGAUUUGGAGGCCAUUCUUCACCUGGGUAGGUUCAUUAGAGGGCUCCAUAACAGAAAUAUUUGUUAUAAGUAGCAAAUAUGAAAGAACAUUUCUGAGUGUAUCUUGGGUCGGUGUUAAGAGUAAAGUAUAACAUUGAUCCUGAUUAAUGAUUGCCACAUAGUGAUUGAUCACCAAUCUUGAUUGGUAGGGGAUUGCUGCAAUCAGAUAGCUAAUCUGAAUAUCAUAGUACACAUACCUUGAUUUUUUUUCUGUCCUUGUUUCUUUUGGUUUCAAUUCUGGUAAGUGUUUAAUACCAAAAAAUGAUGUUAAAUUGUAUAAAACUAUGUUAUGAUAUAUCUGUUUGGAGUGAGAACGGAGCAUCUGUUCUAAGGAAAUCAAUGAGUAUGAACAUUAGAGCUUCAUUAGCUCUCCAUGCAAUGAAAGUUGUUGGUUCUAAUGAGAACCAAAAGUCACUCUCCGAGCUCCCCCAACCCUGUCAAAGAAGUGGUGUAGUGGUUCGAACUCUUUUCUUGUAAUCAUAGGGUCGUGAUUUCAAAUCCCACUGGGCCUAGCAUCUUAUGGCAAGGCAUCAACACUUUGCCACUCUUCACCCAGUUGUUGAAUUGGUACCCGGUAGGAUGUAAAAGCGUAAUGUAGUAUGCCUAGCAAUUCAGUCUAGGAACUUCAGUCUUGGAUGCUCCAUGUCACUAGGAAAAAGACCAAGACCAGCUACAAUUUAAAUUUUGGCUCAAAGAAAGUGCUUAUUUUCUUUUCCCCAUCUUCACAGUCUCCAAAUAUAAGAAAGUACAAACAUCAGCAAACAAACUAUAAGACCCACAUGUAAUUCUGGAUUUUGAUAUGAUGCAUGUCAGGAUCCGGUGACCGGGGUAAUAUUAUGUAAAGCACAUAGAGAUGUCAAAUCAGGAUAUUACCAUUGUUAUUGUUCAAGAGACAUUCAAAGACCUGAAUUUCUAGAAUGGUUUUAUAUCCAUUUAAACCAGGGUUUAUGCAGAAUUUGUGCAUUGAUUGCUGUAAUAUAAUGCAUGCAUUGAGAAUAGGGCCCCAUAACAUGAAGAUAUAGCGAUUGAUUGUUUGGCUGAUUUCAAUAAUUGAUUACAUUGAUUAGUGUGUAUGAUUAGUCAUAUAAAUCAGCCUUAUGAUCAAUUGCUUUAUGCUACUAGCCCAUGGUCAAAUGAUAGUAUAAAGCCCUAUGAAUGUUAUAUUAUGUUUGAUUAAAGGUCACGGUGCUUUAACUGAAAUGGUUUUUAUUAAAAAUAGAAUUAAAUGAAAUUUAUUUAUUAAUUUAUUGUAAAUUUAUUAUGCAUUCAAAAUUGCUGAUCUUUUGAGGGUUAGAGCAAUUUCAGAAAGGUUCCUUGAGCACUACAUGCAUGUGCCUGAGAUUAUUAGAAUGAAUGUUAAUGUAAUCUAUUCCUUCAACAUUUUGUGUUGUAUGAACAUAUUCUUCUACAAUAUCGGUGUGACCUUUCUCAAUCAAAAGCAAAUAUACAUUGUCAGAAAACUACUACAGUAAUGUCAAAAGAUUGACAUACUAAAACUCAAGUUUUUGUACAUUGCAUCAUUUUUCUACAGUUGAUACUUUUUUCCAAAUUAUGUUUAAAGAGGGGCACUGUGUACUUAUACACAUUUUGAUGUGGCAAACUUGCUUUCUCAACAGUCAUUCUUUCAAUGGGGAUAAGAUAUAUUGCCUUUGUAUAAUAUGAACGUUCAAACGAUAAACUUAUGUACAUUUACAUUUAAUACAUAUUAUUGCAUUUACUCAGGUUCCUACAGGAUAAUACGAAGGUGAUACUACCUCGUGAUAUUAUCCAGGCCUGUAUUAUCCUAUUUGAGAAUCAACCCCCUCCCUUUUGAAAAAAAGCAUGAUACAGUACUCUCUUGAUUCCUUGUAUAUUUCUGAUUGUUUAAAAUUGAAGUGAUACAAUUAUGAAUAUUUUAAUUUGUGAGUCACAGAAAGCAACUUUAGACAAAAUGUCUCUGUAAUGCAUAUUUGAAAAUCUGAAUUUCAUUUUAUUUAUUUGGGUGUAUUUUUCAUACAAUCUUUCAUAUAAUUCAUGUACCCCAUGCAAACCAAUCACCUCUGCUGUAAUAAUUAUACUGAUCACAGCAGAGGUAGCCAACUGGCAUUUUUUGGUGCAAGUAUAGGAUUAAGGGUCGUAUAAUUCAUACAAUAUGAGUGGAAAUGGAAAUAUCGACAAAACACUGAUAAAUUGCAUUGGCAAACAUGAUAACGACUAGCGGGAUAUCCAGCUUGAAAUAUCAUAUAAAGUACUAUUCACCACAAGAUUAUGAAAUAUAAUUGAUGAGUUUUAGCUGCCAUCUACCCCAAAAUGAUACAUAAUUUGUAUUCAUAAUUACGAUUUCUGAGAGCUCACCCCUAAACCUUGACAAUCGGCAUUAUAACUGAUGUUUUAGAUUUACCCCUACCUUUUCCCACUCAAUCAUGAUCAAAUCACUUAUUGCAAGUAUUUCAAUGACCCCAGUAAUACUACGUCAAAGUAGAGGUCAUGUUAACUUUUUGAGUUUUUUUAUGCCCCUGCAGACGAAGUCCGGAGGGGGCAUUAAGCAUUGCCCCUGUCCGCCCCCCCCCCACUUGGCUUCCGCGCAAUAACUCGAAAAAUAUUUCAUGGAUUAAAAAAAAUUGUGUGUAGAUGACACCAAAAUACAGGCUAAGUUCGAAUUUGGAGUCCGCAGGUCAAAGGUCACAGCUCAUUAAAAUAUGCAAGUUGGUUUCCACAUGUUAACUUAUGAAAUAUUCAAUUGAUUUUAAAAUUUUUGGUGUGUAGGUAGAUGACACCAAAAUACAUGCUAAGUGAAAUUUGGAGUCUGUAGGUCAAAGGUCACAGCUCAUGCAAGUUCAUUCAAAGGUCUAAAUUUGUUCAUUAUUUAUAUGCAUAUUGUUUUCUGCACAAUAUUAAGUUCAAAUUGAAUCUGUGUUGGACACGUCAAAUUUCUAGUUAUUAUCAUGUUCACAUGACUCAAAAUGAGUGGGGACCCCCACAACUUGGGGACGGAUCGUUAACCAUUUAUAAGAAUCCAAACUUAAGUUAGCUAACUCUUCAGUGUAUUGACAUGGGGCUACUUUACAAUCUAAUCAUCAAUGUUUAAAUCUUCCAGUGAAAAAAAAAACACUGAACCUAAAUAUUGUCGACAUAAGAGGGAGUAGACUUCCUAGGAUCAGGCUCCUUUAAAAUGAUGUAGAACAUGAUGAAAUAUGCAAUUUGUAACAAUACAUGUAAUAUUAGUAAGUCCUUUAUAUUUUGUUUUUCAUUAUGGUCAUAACACCUCCAAAGCUUUGUCAUUUCUCUGUAUGUAAAUUAGUUUUAGUAAAAUGUUUUGCCUCCUAUAUGGAAUAUAUUGCCAUUUUGUUGAACUUAUUGAGAAGUUUUAUUGAAUUGAA